UACCCAACUUUCCUCUUUGUUGUACUAACAGAUCAAUACCGACAAUUCUUAACUACUAUAUAGUAUCAGUCCAUCCACCAUUACCUGUGUGCAACUAAUUAAGUUAACCUGAAGCCUCCCAUCCACACUCUAUGGCUAAAAGAACCAUAAGCAUAGUUCAGCUUCUAAUCCUUUUGCAACUAUGCAAGACCGUGCUCACCUUGGCCGCCCGGCCGCUGGCCGAAGUUCCCGUUCCGGUGAGAAGAGAGGUGUAUGAUAAUGGCAAGAUCUUUGAUGUUACCCACAGGGUCAACCCUAAAAUGCCCUCAUGGGACUCAAAGGAGGGGCUUGGGGAAUUCAUAUGGCUCGUUUCUAGCAUGAAGAAUGGCUCUCUUGUCAAUUCUUCUGAAAUGAAGCUAUCUACACACACAGGCACACAUAUUGAUGCUCCCUCGCAUGUUUAUGAUGAAUACUAUGAUGCUGGCUUUGACAUUGAUACACUUGAUCUGGAGGUGCUUAAUGGUCCAGCACUAGUAGUUGAUGUUCCAAGAGACAGUAACAUAACGGCUGAAGUAAUGAAGUCACUGAAAAUUCCUAAGGGAAUACGUCGCGUGCUUUUCAGAACUUUAAAUACUGACAGAAAGCUUAUGUUCAAAAAGGAGUUCGACUCGAGCUAUGUCGGAUUCAUGAGUGAUGGGGCAAAAUGGCUGGUGGAGAACACAGACAUCAAACUUGUUGGACUUGAUUACUUGUCUGUUGCUUCCUACGUUGAUCUCCUUCCAACGCAUCUUGCUUUCCUCAAAAACAGGGAAGUCAUUCUGGUGGAGGGAUUAAAACUUGACGACAUUCAACCAGGACUCUACAAUGUUCAUUGCUUGCCUCUGAGGCUGCUCCGUGCCGAUGGGUCACCUGCGAGAUGCAUUCUUAUCAAAUGACAUUGCCAUUGUCUGAAAGCUUUUUUAAUAAUAAUGCUCACAUCGAAUAUGGUUGAUAAAUUAUUAAUCAUUAUAUUUAUAGAUAUGUAAAUUGUUAAUCAUUAUAAUAAUGCUCAUAUCGAAUAUGGUUGAUGCAUUCUUUUUUCUUGUUUUUCCAAUUUGGUUCAGGGUCUACUUUUUCUGGUUGUCUGUGUGGCUGUGGAAAUUUGUAGGAAGAUAUUAUUGUAGUGGUGGGUCUUCCAAGGUGAUCUGAAUAUGACAAGUCUUCAUCAAUUAAUGCUUCUGGUAUCAAAUGAAUCAUACUGAUUACAACA